AUGGGUUUCGCUGCCGCUACAGGGACGACAGACCCUUCUGAAGUCCGUAACUGGACGAUCCAUUAUAUCGCCCUAGUUGUUUCGAUGGCUGCCCUUUCAAUGGGUUACGACACUGCUGUGAUUGGCGGCACAAUGGCUCUAGACUCCUUCGUCCGCGAUUUCGGUAUCGAUACCAUGAAUCCCUCAGAAAGAGACAACUCACAAGCAAACAUCGCUUCCAUGUUUCAAGUCGGAGCCUUCUUUGGCGCUCUUCUUACCUUUCCUGUCGCGGAACGCUACGGACGCAAAAAAGCGAUUAUGGCGGCCGCUCUCAUCUUCUGCGUUGGCGGCGCCAUGAUGUCCGGAGCAAACGGCAUACUGAAUCUUGUCAUCGCCGGUCGAGCAAUUGGCGGACUGGGUAUUGGCAUGGCUACGAUGACAGUGCCUGUCUACAUUGCUGAGACGUCACCUCCGAGUAUUCGAGGAAGGUUGGUUGGUAUCUUUGAGAUUUUCAGUCAGGGAGGCGGGAUGCUCGGAUUUUGGAUCAACUAUGCUGCCGACCGGACCAUUGAUGUCCGAAGUAGGGCGCAGUGGAUUGUUCCUCUGGCACUACAGAUUCUUCCAGCGGCUCUCCUCUUUGUCGGCAUUAUUUUCUGUCCCGAGUCUCCUCGCUGGCUGGCAAGGGGUGGUGAUUUCGAAGCUGCCAAAAAGGUGCUAGUUUACGUCCGAGGCAUCCCACCUGAUCAUCCGUACCUUCAGAACGAAAUGGCUGAGAUUCGACGUCAAGUUGAGGAGCGGAGUGUCGUGGGCUUUAGCAAGAAGGAACAACUUCGUAAACUCCUAGCACCAGGAACAAGAAACCGGGUGGGUGUGGGGGCUUUUCUAAUGUUCCUUCAAAGCUUUACUGGUGUGAACAUCAUGGUUUACUUUUCUCCAAGAAUCUUCGAAACACUUGGUGUCGUUGGAACGAGCAACAAAUUAUUCAGCACCGGUAUUUACGGCGUCGCCAAGAUGCUUGGUAUGAUCUUGUUUACGGUCUGGGUCAUCGAGAAGCUAGGUCGUCGUGGAGGUAUGCUUUGGGGCUCGCUUCUAGGCAGCAUUCCAUUGUGGUAUGUCGGUGGGUAUGUAAUGAUGGCCGAUCCAGCGGCCAAUGCCAGAGAAGGAAACAUCCAACUGUCAGCAGCGGGAUACAUCGCCAUGGUAUGCAUAUACUUACAUGCUUUUGUCAUUACGGCGACUAUACAAGGAAUAACCUGGACAUACGCAGCGGAAAUCUUUCCGCUGGAUGUUAGGAUGCUAUGUGUAGCUAUUUCAACGGCUAGCACGUGGUUGGGUUCUUUUGUUAUGGCUCGGGCGACACCCUUCAUGAUCACCGACCUCGGGUACGGAACCUACUUCAUGUUCGGUGGGUUUCUGAUAGCAAUUGGUGUUUGGUCCUUCUUUUGCGUCCCCGAAACAAAAGGUGUGUCCCUCGAGGACAUGGAUGCGCUUUUCUCGAAACCUACCCACGUUGUAGUUUGGGCACAACUUCGCGGCAGAUCUGUUUUGCCAAGCCAGACUCAUGGAAUUUCCUAUUCCAGGUCUACGGAAAAAGAUGAGCCAAAGGUUGUAACCGAGGCUUAG